GAGAGAGAGAGAGAGAGAGAGAGAGAGAGAGAGAGAGAGAGAGAGAGAAAACCAUGAAUGCACAUGUAGUCGUCGUAUUUCGGCUAGAUACAGUUGCAGUAGGUAUAUUCCAAAGAUGCCUCGUAGGCAAGACAAUAGUUACCAAUCAAAUGGUAAAUAAAACCCCGUAGUUUUCAGUUUUAUGAUUAAAAUUAUACAGUACAGGAUACAGGCUACUUCUGGUCUAUGCCUGUCCGGUGCGGUUGUUCCCCUUUGAUUAUACACCUAAGUGGUGAAAAUCGUUGUCUCAGACAAAACUUCCUCUUUCAAUUAGAAACCGGAAAUGGAACUCUUUUAGUUUAGAAAUCGAAAGCAGCUUCAUGCCAACAUCCAAGUCAGCCAACAAUAAAACUCCAACAAUCUUCACUAGUGAAACACUUGUUCAGAAGCUGGAUCAUGGUCGAUGAAACCAAAUUUAAAAUGAACUGAGCUUUCCUUGUAAUUUCUUCAUGUGAGGUCAACCUUGAGAAAAAACGUUGGAGGAGGCCCACACUUUUACAACGGUUAAAACAAAACAACAUCAACACACACCCCCGCCGACUCUGACUGACUGCGACCUGCGACGCACUCGGUGCUUUUCACGGCCAAGUCUUAGUUUAGUAAGACUGUUGGUGGCGUUUGGUUGCCAUGAUGUCUCAGCUCAAGUCGAGCGAAGCGUCUGCCAUGACAGUGCGGGAAGUGCAGGACAUGUGCCGCACGGAUCUGGAUCAUGGUCUUCGUAGUGAUGAGGCCAGGCGUCGUCUUUUGGUACACGGGCCAAAUAACUUUGACAUAACCAAGGAGGAACCUUUAUGGAAGAAAUAUCUUGAUCAGUUCAACAACCCUUUGAUUCUUCUGUUGCUGGCGUCUGCUGCUGUGAGUCUGUUCAUGAAGCAGUUUGAUGAUGCCAUCAGCAUCACAGUGGCUAUCAUCAUUGUGGUCACUGUUGCCUUUGUUCAAGAGUACAGAUCAGAGAAGUCACUGGAAGCUCUCACCAAGCUUGUCCCGCCCAAGUGUCACUGCGUCCGGGAUGGGCAUUUGUCGACUUUCCUGGCCCAGGACUUAGUGCCAGGGGACAUAAUUCACAUCAGCAUCGGGGACAGAGUUCCUGCAGAUGUCCGCCUCUUUGAGGCUUCAGGACUGAGCAUCGACGAGUCCAGCUUCACCGGCGAGAUAGAGCCGGUCUCCAAAUGCAUCGACUCUCAGCCCAGCCCCCUGGUGACCAAUCUGAGUGGUCGCAAAAACAUCGCCUUCAUGGGCACGCUGGUCCGGUGUGGCAUUGGCAAGGGUAUCGUGAUUGGCACGGGGCACGACUCAGAGUUUGGUGAAAUCUUCAAGAUGAUGCAGGCAGAGGAGGCUCCAAAGACUCCGCUCCAGAAGAGCAUGGACACCCUGGGCAAGCAGCUGUCCUUCUACUCCUUCCUGGUCAUUGGGAUCAUAAUCAUCAUAGGGUGGAUACAAGGGCGGAAGAUUCUAGACAUGUUUACCAUUGGUGUCAGCCUGGCCGUUGCUGCCAUCCCUGAGGGUCUCCCCAUCGUGGUGACCGUGACCUUGGCUAUCGGAGUGAUGCGGAUGGCCAAGAGGAAGGCCAUCAUCAAGAAGCUGCCUGUGGUGGAAACCCUGGGUUGCGUGGAUGUGAUCUGCUGUGACAAGACGGGAACCCUCACCAGGAAUGAGAUGACUGUUACACAGAUCUACACCUCGGAUCACCAACAUGCAGAGCUGACCGGUGUGGGCUACAAGGCGGAUGGUCAAGUGAAGAUCAGUCGGACUCCAGAGUUUUAUGAUCACGAUGACGCCUUGAGGUCUGUGCGGAAGGUGGUGGAGGUUGGAUGUGUGUGCAACAACGCUGACAUCACAGAUGACGGCCUGAUGGGACAGCCCACAGAGGGAGCUCUUCUCGCUGCUGCUGCAAAGAUGAACCUGCACGACCUUCGCAAGCUCUACGUGCGUGUGCAGGAGUGGCCCUUCACCAGCGAGACGAAGAUGAUGGCCGUCAAGUGUCACCCGGAGAUAGACGAGCAAUACUCGGUGUUCUUCGUGAAGGGUGCGAUUGAGCGCGUGUUGUCUCGCUGUAACCUGUUCUACAGCCACGGCAGCUCGGUGCCGCUCAAGGAGAAGCAGAAGGAAGUCUACCUGGAGGAGGCGCACAGACUGGGGGCCACCGGUCUCAGAGUGCUGGGCAUGGCGUACGGGACAGAGCUGACGGAGCUGAUCUAUGUGGGCAUGGUGGGCAUCAUGGACCCGCCGCGGGAGGGCGUGCGGGAGGCCAUCACCACCCUGCUGGGCAUGGACGUCGGGGUCAAGAUGCUCACGGGGGACGGCGAGGAGACCGCCAAGUCUGUGGCGUCAAGGCUGGGUCUGUAUGCUCACGGCGCGGGCUCCAUGUCCGGGGAGACUCUGGAGGACAUGGACACUGGUCAGCUGGCUCGCAACAUCGACAAGGUCGGCAUCUUCUACCGCGUCACGCCCCGGCACAAGCUCAAGAUUGUCAAGGCCCUUCAGUCGGCUCAUCACGUGGUGGGGAUGACUGGGGACGGGGUCAACGACGCUGUGGCUCUGAAGACGGCCGAGAUCGGAAUCUCCAUGGGCAAGACGGGCACGGAUGUCUCAAAAGAAGCGGCUGACAUGAUCCUCGUGGAUGACGACCUCAGCACUAUCUUGGCUGCCAUUGAAGAGGGCAAAGGAAUCUUCUAUAACAUCAAGAACUUUGUGAGGUUUCAGCUCAGCACGAGCAUAGCUGCGCUGUCUUUGGUGGCAAUUUCUAUGAUAAUGAGAUUCCCCAACCCUCUGAAUGCCAUGCAGAUCUUGUGGAUCAACAUCAUCAUGGACGGCCCGCCAGCUCAGAGUUUGGGUGUGGAGCCCGUGGACCACGACGUUCUACGUCAGCCGCCACGUAAAGUCCGCGACAACAUCAUUACACGCUCGCUGGUGCUCAACGUCCUGUCCUCCGCCCUCAUCAUCGUCUUUGGGACGCUCUGGGUCUUCUACCGUGAGAUGCAAGAUGGCAAAAUAACUCCAAGAGAUACGACCAUGACCUUCACUUGCUUUGUGUUUUUUGACAUGUUCAACGCCCUGAGCUGCCGGUCACAGAACAAGUCGGUGUUUCAGAUUGGACUGACGACUAAUCGUAUGUUCCUGUAUGCAGUCGGAGGUUCCAUCCUAGGUCAGCUGAUGGUCGUCUUCUUCCCACCGCUGCAAAAAAUAUUUCAGACGGAGGCAUUGUCCUUGUCAGAUUUUGCCUUCCUGAUCAGUCUGACGUCCACGGUGUUUGUGGUGUCGGAAGUGAAGAAGUUCGUCAUGAGACGUCGCGAGCAGCAGGAGCAGCACAUACGAGAGAGCUUGUUCUACCCGGAGCAGAUGAUGUAUCGGGGACUCAGAGAUGUCGGAGGACGAGGACGGGGAGUCGUACCACAGCGCCACCGACGUCUGUGCUCACGACUACGCCUUCUCCAAGCCCGUGCUGCGAGAGACAGGGCCAGGUGUAGAUGCUUUUUCCUUCUGAGCAGCUCAGACAUGGGUGGACCGAGUUCGAUUCCCGAGUGGGGAGAGUUUUUGAAUUAAUCGAGGAUCUUGGUCUUUCUGUUGGGAUGUUGUAU